AUGUCCUCUCAAGAAACCAAGACUCCCGUCGAGCCAUGGAACGCUACCCCGCCUCCGUUCCCAAAGUCGUCGUACUCCCCGAAUAAGGCACUCGACGAUAUUGGCGGGGUGGAAUAUGCGCUGCAUCUCUUCUUGGGAUCGCACAUGCUCGAAUCGGAGGAGUACUGCCGCAAAUAUGACCCGAAGAUGGAACGAGUCUACCUCGCCACUGGCUUCGGCCUUAUCCAGUGUGUGAAGGGGCUGAUGUCGUUCGAAGACGAGGACUUGGUGGAUGCCAUCGCUCACGUACGACACGGGAACACCAUCGCGAGUCAGCACAGGAAGCGGGCCGCAUCGCUCCCAACACGGCUGGCAGGCCUCGUCAUGGGCUCGCUAAACACCUCCGGUGUCGGGUUCAUCAAGAGCAUGACGCCUGUAGAGCGGCACGCAGAGCUGGUCUACGCUGAGAGCCUGUUUGAGAAGGCCCUCCUUGGGAUCGUCUACUCCGGGGACUGGCUCGCGUUCAUCAAAGAAGCCCUCAAUAUGCGCACCACAAUCAACAUCUACCGUCAGCUCGGGAAGUACCUCGAAGCGGCAGAUGCGGAGGCUCAAGCAAAGGGGUUGGGCUCCGAGGAUCCCGCCAUUGACGCGCACUUCCGAUCCGGAGUGUAUCUCGGCGUCGGGGUCUCGAACUUGAUUCUGUCGUUGAUGCCGUCGAAGCUGCUCGCCAUCGUGGAGCUGUUCGGGUACAAGGGUGACAGGCAUCUGGGUCUGUCCUACCUGCAGAAAGCUGGCGGGUGGUCGGCGGAGUCGGACGUGCCGUCCAUAGACAUCGAUCAGGAAGGGCUGCGGCGGACCAUCUGCGACAUGACGCUGCUCAUCUUCCAUCUGGUGCUGUCGAGUUUCACGUUUGAGGGCGUGGACAUUCGGAUGGCCCAGAAGAUCCUGGACUAUCACAUCCAGCGCUACCCCAACGGUGUGUUCUUCCUGUUCGGCCAAGGGCGACUGCAUCUGUGCCGCAGCCAGCCCGCGGCGGCGCUUGGGUUCUACCGGAAGGCAAUGGAGGCGCAGAACCAGUACCGCAACCUGCACCACAUCUCGUUCUGGGAGAUGGCGAUCGCGAACCUUGCGCUGUGGGAGAUCAGCGCGUCGCUCGAGUGCUGGCGGACGCUCGCGGCGGAGGCCACGUGGUCGAAGGCGACGUACACGUACGGCGUCGCGGUGUCGCUGCUGCAGCUCGGGGACGAGAAGCACCAGGGGGAGGUGGCGGAGCUGAUGGCCAAGGUCCCGACGCUCCGGCAGCGCAUCGCGGGGAAGAGCAUCCCGAUCGAGAAGUUCGUGGCGCGCAAGGCGCGCAAGUUUGCGCAGCAGGGCGCGCGGCUCGCGCUCCCUGCGCUCGAGUUUGCGUAUUUCUUUCUUGGGAUCGCGCACGCGCCACGCUCGGUCGUCACGGCGCGGAUGCUCCCGCUCGUGCAGGCGCAGCUCGAUGCCCUGGAUGAGCACGCCGGCGAGCCGGCGAAGUAUGGCAGUGCGGGCGCCGAGGAGUACUGGGACGACCGGGCGUUGGCGCUGUUCUUGAAGGGGAUCUGUUUGCGAUAUGUCGCGCAUCCCGACCCCGAUGCGGUGUUGGAUGCUGCGGACGAGGCGGCAAUGAAGGAGGGUAAGGCGGAGGCGGAGAAGGGCUCGCGAGAGGCUUUCGAGGCUGUCUUUGAGGUCGGCCCCAAGAUUGUCUACGACCACUAUCUGGUCUACUUUGCGCACUAUGAGUACGCGCGGCUGCUUGCGUGUCAGGGAGACAAGGUGAAUGCACGGCUGCAGUUGGAACUUGUUCAGUCCGGCAAACCGUUGGAAGUCAACCCCGCGGGGCGUAAGGGCAAAUACAGCAUGGAGAAUGCCAUCCACAUUCGCACGCAUGCUGCGUUAGAGGCCCUCGAACGCAACCGUCGGUUGUAGAUACCUCUAGAUGUUCGUUGUGAGUAGACCAUCGGGCUCUCGACGAGCCCGUGCUCUCAUGGAUGCUACAUGAUGAAUCGUCCACGAUCUUGGUUAUGUUAUGUUGUAUGAUAUGUAUACGGUGCGAUCCUGUAGUCCCUGGUCAUAGUGCUCUCGUCUGCUGUCGAUUUC